UGGAAUAUAUAAUGAGAUCAAAAUCCAUCAACAGUUUGAGAUAAAGGCAUUCAAUAUUGACAUAAUUGAAAAUUACGCGUGAAUAAUCAGCAAUAAAAUUGAUUUCAUUGAACUGCAACAUAUCUUCAUUAUGUCUGGACUAUCAUCUUCUCUAGUGGGUUUUCCCACAUCAGUCAUUUGCUCUCAAUGGCUUAACCUAACUGAGUGCAGUAAUAUAACAAGAAAUAUAUUUCCUAGCAAUAAUGGUAGUUUCGGAAAUUUGCUAGAAAUGGAUUUUGAAAUGGAAGUAGACAAUUGGCCUCUUGAACGUGUUGUGUCCACAAUUGUGCCCGUAUUUUUUGGUAUUAUUGGUUUUGCAGGAUUACUCGGCAAUGCAUUGGUAAUACUUGUGGUCAUUGCUAAUCAACAAAUGCGUUCUACAACUAAUCUGCUAAUUAUAAAUCUUGCCGUAUCCGAUAUUCUUUUUGUUACAUUUUGCGUACCGUUCACAGCAACUGAUUACGUACUGCCAGAGUGGCCAUUUGGAAAUGUAUGGUGCAAAUUCGUACAGUACAUGAUUGUAGUGACGUGUCAUUGUAGUGUUUACACUCUAGUACUUAUGUCUUUUGACCGAUUUUUGGCUGUAGUACAUCCUGUCACUAGUAUGUCUUUACGUACGGAGAAGAAUGCUAUGUUAGCAAUAUUUUUAGCCUGGGUUUUAAUAGUAACUACAGCUGUUCCAGUCGCAUUGGCACAUGCAGUACGUAUUUACCAAUUUCGCGGACAUAAUUAUACUGCUUGUGUAUUUUCUACAGAAGAGGAAAUAUGGAGCUUACUCGGUUUUCAGGUUUCAUUCUUCUUGUCUUCAUACGUAGCUCCCUUAACCCUGAUUUGCUUUUUAUAUAUGGGUAUGUUAGCGCGCUUAUGGAAAACUGCACCUGGCUGUAAGCCUUCAGCAGAAUCACGAAAAGGAAAGCGCCGAGUAACUAGAAUGGUUGUUGUUGUGGUGUUAGCGUUUGCAAUAUGUUGGCUUCCAAUACACGUCAUUCUUGUUUUAAAAGCUUUAGGCAUGUACAGCAGUACUCAUGUAAAUGUGAUAAUACAAAUAAUUUCCCAUGUGUUGGCAUAUACUAACUCAUGCAUUAAUCCGAUACUAUAUGCUUUUCUAUCAGACAACUUUCGGAAAGCGUUUAGAAAGAUCGUCUGGUGUGGAAGUCCUCCACUUGUUAUAACAAAUCAACAAAUUACUAAGACCACUCGCACUACUGGAAACGGAGCUUCUAACAUAGACAUGCUGUAAUUGAACGUUUAUAUUAAGAAAUUUAAUAUUAAAUAAAUUUGAAACUAAUAUAAUUUGAAAUCCUUGUGCAAAACUGUAUAUAUAUUAUUAUAUUAUUAUUAGAACGUAAGAUUAGACCAAAUUUCAAUUAGCA